GGAUGUCCCACUCCCACAUCGACUGCAGACACUGAAGAAUGAACAUUAGGGAAUGGUUAUAAAUAAGGAACUGGCGGGCUUCACAAUUUUAUCUUCGUGUAGCGAUAGGCGGGUUCCGAAUUAUUUGGAAUGUCUCUUCUUCUCCCCGAUGCAAGGAACGAUGAAGAUCGAGAUGCAAGGAACGAUGAAACCCUAACCCUUCCAAUCCCGAUUUCUUCAUAAUUUCUGCACAAUUUUUGAAACCCUAAUUCUACCCAUUCCGAUUUCUUUAAAUAUUAACAACUUCAUAACCUAAGAAACCCCUAAUCCUACUAAUUCCGAUUCUGUAAAAUAUUAUCAAUGUCUUGCGGUUUCACCGAAAUUUCGGCCGAACCUUAGAAUCCUAAUCCUACCAAUUUCGAUUUCAUAUUUUUAUUAAUUUCUCGCAGUAUCAUCCAAAUUUCGAUGUUCGGAUCAUCCGUUGUGACGCUCGAUCGAUUCAUCAGAAACCCUAACGUUUAAACUUUAAUCUGAUAUCCUCCUUUUCAAUGGAUUAAUGUUGGGUACUGCAAAUCACGAAGAUCAAAUUCAUCCGAAAACCCUAAUCUGAGGAUCUUACGAUCUCCACAUUUCUGAGUCGCAACAGCAUUGUUACUUCAUAAUGGUGUCAGUCAUCCUUGCUGUACUUCAGAUCAUGAAGCAUUUGGUAUGGGAUCUUAUCUAUUUAUUGAUAAUUUUAACUUCUCAUCAGAUUCUUUUUAUUAUUUUAGCAUUCGUGAUUAGGGAAAAACAAGGAAGCACUCACGUUUUCUCAGAGUAUGGGAACUUUGGCGAAAGUAUUGAAUGUACCUUCCAUUUCUUUGGAGUUGCUAUAUUGGAAUCUGUUGGGAUUGCCAAAGCAUUAGCAGCAAAGAAUGGGUACGAGUUAGAUUCAAAUCAGGAGUUAUUUGGUCUUGGAGUAUCCAAUGUCGUUGGCUCAUUUUUUUCAGCAUAUCCCACAACAGGUUCUUUCUCAAGAUCAGCCGUGAGCCACGAAAGUGGAGCUAAAACUGGCUUAUCUCAGAUUGUUACAGGAAUGGUCAUGGGUGGGGCCCUUCUUUUCYUGACUCCAUUGUUUAAGUACAUACCUCAGUGUGCAUUGGCUGCCAUUGUGAUCUCUGCUGUAAUAACUUUGGUGGAUUACGACGAGGCUAUUUUUCUAUGGCGCAUUGACAAGAAAGAUUUUCUUCUAUGGGUGAUUACUGCAAUUUCUACGUUGUUUCUUGGCAUUGAGAUUGGUGUCUUAAUUGGGGAUCAGAACUCGGAGAUGAUAAUUGGCCGCGGUAGGAUGAUUGAUGGUCUCUACUACUUUGAUGAAGCUCUGUUGGGACGUCUUCCUAGCACUACAGUGUAUAGAAAUGUUCAAUAGUAUUCUGAGGCCUACAAUGGAAUUAUGAUUGUUUGGAUUGAUGCACCAAUUUAUUUUGCAAACAAGUGUUUCAUGGAAGGCAGGUGCUUCCUUCUACUUAUAGUCUUAGUAGUUUUGACUUUGGCGUUCUUGUCCUCUCCAUAUUACGUUGAGAACAACUUACUUUUUAUUCUGUGAGUUUUCCCAAGUAAACGAAUACAAUAAUAAAGGAUUUUUUUUUUCUUUUAACGGGUUACAUGGAGAUACGAAGUUGAAGUCAACCAAUCUGCUGGUCGUGGCUCAAAUUUUGGAAGAGUUUAUUUCGUGAUUAUAGAAAUGGCACGUAAGUUUUAUUCAUCCUUCUACUUUUUUAGAAUUCAUAAAAUACAUAUAUAUGAAAUGCCUCACUUGUUUUUUCUCUUUUUGUUGGUGUGCUCCUCCCACUAUUUAUUUUCAGCCAGUCAUGAGUUCUAUUCUAUUCUUCCAUUCGUUAUCUGUUUAAUCUAAGUGGCCAUUAAAUAAUAUGGUUUGCAUAAUCUUCAUUAGUAUCUAAUAACAAUUUCAUGUGCUAAAAGAUUUCAUCUCUAACUCAUAGAUAACUUUUGUGUAGAAUAUGAAAGCCUACGUUUUAGAGUGCUUUUAGCCAAAAGAACCUUCACCAUUACCAAAAAGAGUCCUAACUGAAGAUUCGGCCCAAUUGACUUUUAAUUCCAAAGACACUUCAAAAACUCUAACAUUAUAAAGCAUUAGAUCAUCCACCUCACAAGGGAAAAUUUUUUUAAUAACACUCGCAAACUGAAGAUGAGAAACCAUUAUUGUUUACCCACAGAAAAUCCUCCGGCGGAACUUUCUGAAAGUUCAGAAAGUUGCUGAAGAAACAACUAUCUGCAAUUUACUAAAGAACUAGAUAAUAAUAAAAAGAAACUUUGUGGGCUUCUGGGUUGCAUUGUAUCUGUUUUUGAACUGGCAAGCGUAUGAUAGAAAUGAUUGCUUUUUGCUUAAAUUCUAAUUCUUGAUUGGUUGCUUCUACAUCUGCAUUCGACCACAUGCCAUAGCUCUUCAGCAGUAUUCUAUUGAGCCAUUUACUUACAAUUGGAAUGUGAUAUUGCUGAUAUUAUUUCUAAAACAGGUGCUUAUUUCAAUUUAUUUAUGAUUGGAGAAGAAUAAUGCACUUACAGAUUUUCAGAGUUGCUAGUUCCCUAACAGAUUGUAUUAAAUAUUGAGUCUAAAAUUGAGUUGUCAGAUAAUUUAUCAAGUUAAAUGUCACCAAGUCAAGAUAAUUAUUUUUAAUUCUUAAGCAACUCUUAAGUGACCACAUAUUAGUUAUGUUGUUGGUUCCAUCUUAAUAGGAUUGAUUUAUGCAUAUGACAUGAUUAGAAGUAUGAAGUUCAAUGACAUCAGUCAUCAGAUAAUAGUUUAUUAACUAAUUUUUGUUUAUAGCUAGAAGAUUAUUUAUUUAUCUUUAUUAUUGAUAGAUUUCUUCUAGGUCAUGGUAUAGAAGAAAUAGGCAGGAAAUAACCCAUUUGAUGCCUCCAUCUCCCUUGAAUUGUUGAUUUAAUGAUUGCAUUGAUAUAUUUAUUGUCUAGAUAUUUGUUGCAUUUGUGAAAGGGUUUCUU